AUGAUAGAGAGAUAAUUUCUGAAUGUAUAAGCAAUUCAUUGGAUGUCAUUUUGUUACUCAGUUUAUUUCUAUAUUGAGAGCAGAAAUACAAGUAAUCUAUUAUGUUUGAUAAUCAUAUGCUUGAUAUCCCCUGUAGUAAUUUUCACAUAUUAUGCCAAAUCAAAAGUAAGAAUGAUUGGAAUUAUAUUUUGUAUUUAAUUAGAUUUGAUCUGUCUAAUAAUUCUGAAUUAAUAAAACUUAAAUCAUGCUUCAUAUGCUUAAUUAAUAAUAAGUUAAUACCUUUCAAAGGAUCUUAUAAAGAAAGUAUAGGGUUAAAAUCAAAUUUUGAUAAACCCUAUGUCUCUUUAUUAUGGUUUAAUGAUAGUUGUAAGUGCAUUUUAAUAAAUAUAUUUGCAUACAGUAAAUGAAUUUAAUUCAGAUAGUCCUCAGUUAAUCUUAUGUUUAUUUUUAUCUUUAUAAGAUAGCAUUGCAUCUAAAAAGAAAAACUAAAGUUAAUUAAAUACAACAAUUUAAAUUGAUGGAGGUCCAAUCAAUAAAUUGGAAAGCUUAGGAAAAAGAGCAGUUUCUGUUGUGGACAGUGAUAAAAAUUUAAUUUUAGAUUAAUCUAAAGAUAGUGCAAGAAUUCUUUGCAACAAUUUUAGUAACAUUCAAUAACAUUAUAUCAAUUCUGAAAUAAUAUAUAAUUCUCUAGAAUAUCUAUAAGAAGGUCUAAUAAUUCUAGAUGUUCAAGAUGAAAAAAAUUUAACUUAUAAAAUAUAAUAUAUGAAUAGUGCAACCAGAAUUUUAUUCGGCAGAGAAUAAGAAUGUGAAAUUUUGUAUAUUUUGGAAAGCUUAAAUACAUUGCAUAUAUAAAGUUAAGAUGUAAUGGAGGAUCCUAUUUCAGGAAGGGAAUCAGUUUAAUAAAGAUUAUCAAAUUUGUAAUUUUCUCGAUUAUGCAAAUCUAUCUUUCUUUAAAAGGAUUUAUUUUGUUCAAUAAAAUAACCUAUGUUAGAUUUUUAAAUGUUUGAAAAACAUCAAAUUAUCAGUAUGAAAGAUCUAUUAGAAAAAAUGAUAUAGGCAAGGAAAACAGAUGUUAUAACAGUUAAUACACACUAUAGUGGCAGCAUAACAAUAAAUACAAAUAAAAAUAUAACAAUUUCUUAAUCUAAUCCUGGAUAAUCAAGACAUGAAUAAAAUGAAAGAUUAAUGGAGUUUACUUUAACUCUAACUAGAGAUAAAAGUAUAUUAAUAAUUUGUAGAGAUGUUACACACAGAUAAAAAAUAAGAUAUUUAAAAGAUUAUAAUAUUUAAAAAUCUAAGAUGUUAUCAUUUGUUAGUCACGAAUAUCGUUAGCCAUUAGGUUGUAUUAUAUAGAUGAUUGAAUGUGUACUAAUGUAUCCAAUAAUAACAAGCAAUAUAGAUAUAGCAGAAAAUUUACAAGUAGCAUUGGACAAUUCUAAAUACAUGUUGAAUUUGUCUAACGAUUUAUUGGAUUUGGCAUAAAUAAAGAAUGGGAAAUUCAAAAUAAAUAAAGUAGCAUUUAAUAUUGAAAAUCUGAUAUAAGACUGCAUCAAAAUGUUCGCUUUGAAAGCUAAAUUAAAAAAUCUAUAAUUAUUAACUGAAUUUAGUGGUAAUAUUCCAAAAUAAAUAAUAUCUGAUAAAAACAGAUUGAAACAAAUAAUUGUAAAUUUAUUAAGCAAUGCUUUUAAAUUCAAUAGUAGUAAAAUAGAAAUAAGCAUUUAAUUUUAGUCAAAUUUUUUAAGAAUUGGUGUUAAGGAUGAUGGAAUAGGAAUAAGUAAAGAGGAAUAAUAAAAGUUAUUUAAGGCAUUUUCUAAAGUAAAUUCAGAAGAAAGUAGAAAAUUAAAUGAAUAAGGUGUUGGUUUAGGAUUAGUUAUUAGUAAUUAGAUUGCCUAAACUAUAGGAUGUAGUGGAUUAAAUAUAGAAUCUAAAAUAGAUAUAGAUAAUCAUUAUUCGUACUUUUAUUUCGAUAUGUUGAUAGAAUUGCCUGAGAAAAAGAAAGUGGCAAGUUUUAAAAUUCCUGAAAUCUACCCUCUUUAUUAAGAAGUAGAUGAAAUAAUAACUUUCAAUUAGGAACAUUAGAAAAUAACUCAAGAUGUUAUUUCAUAUUGUUCUCAUUGUUUAAUUGUAGAUGAUGAAUGUUUUAAUGCUCUUGCUUUAAAUAAGAUUUUAAAAGGAGUUCUAAAAAACAAUAAUUAAUAGAUGGAUGUAGAGUCUGUUCUUUCUGGUAAGGAGUCUAUAGAAAAAGUAAAAAAUAAAAAAUGUAAUAAUUCAUGUCAAGGAUAUAAACUAAUAUUUAUGGAUGUAGAAAUGCCAAUUAUGAAUGGAAUAUAAACUACAAAAUAAAUAUUAGCAUUUAAUCCUAGUUAGAUUAUUAUUGGAUGUAGUGGUUAUACAGAUUAUUAAGAGAAAAAGAAGUGCAUAGAUAUAGGAAUGUCCGAUUAUAUUACAAAACCUGUCAAUGAAACAGAACUUUAAGAAAUACUUAAGAAAUAUUUAUGA